CAUCUUGACUGCUGAACUACAAGUCGGAGCAGGUCGGACAAAGAAUCGCAAAUUUGAACCUCACGCCGAAGUUAGACUGCUCUGGACGGCGUGUGCAGUGCUUGAUGGACACUACAUUACUACGCUGAAACAAGACUGUUUGGUGGCGAUUAUGCUGACUUUUGUAGUCCGUUUCCUGCUCAACAACAACUUUUGACAAAUCUAGCGUUUAAAGCAAUAUGACAAUCAGGAUAAGGACAGCGCGCACUCUUCCAUCCCAGUGAAAAACAGCAUAGAGACAGGAUGUUUAGUCUAACUGAAGUUGCCUCCCUUAAUGACAUCCAGCCGAAAUACCGUAUUCUGAAACCAUGGUGGGAUGUGUUCAUGGAUUAUAUUGGAGUAAUAAUGUUGAUGUUAGCCAUCUUUUCUGGGACUAUGCAGUUAUCCAAAGACCAAGUGGCAUGUCUUCCCAUUCUUGAGGAAAGCACAAACCCUGAGGCAGCACAAAAUCAACUAGAAUGUUCCACAUCAGUUCUGGGCACCGCACCCUCAACAACCAGAGACCUUCCUGACAGUGUUGCACAUGAACUCCUUAACACUCAACCUACCCCCUUAAAAGGAGAAGAUAGGUGGUCUCAACCUCAACCCAGAGGACGAAAAACAAAUCUGGACUAUCAGCAGUAUGUUUUUGUCAACCAAAUGUGCUACCAUGAUGCCCUACCAUGGUACAACAAAUACUUCCCUUACCUUGCCCUCAUACACACCAUAAUGCUAAUGGUAAGCAGCAAUUUUUGGUUCAAGUACCCAAAGACCAGCUCAAAGAUUGAACACUUUGUUUCCAUUUUGGGGCGGUGCUUUGAAUCACCAUGGACAACGAAAGCUUUGUCUGAAACUGCUUGUGAAGAUUCUGAGGAAAAGCAGAGAUUCACAGGUGGUGUGGUUUUCCAGAAACACGUAUCCUCGGAGGACAGCAGUCAGUCUACACCUUUAAUUGAAACUCCAACGGUGCAGUUUCCAACUGAAAAGCUUAUUGCAGAAGCUCCUAGCCUGACCACCUUAGACAAAAAAGAUGGAGAACAAGCCAAGGCUCUUUUUGAGAAAGUGCGAAAAUUUCGAGUCCAUGUAGAAGACAGUGACUUCAUCUAUAAACUCUACGUUGCUCAGACAGCGAUAAAAGCACUAAAGAUCAUUUUGAUCUUGAGCUAUACAUCAACAUUUGCCUCAAAGAUCAGUUUCUGCCAUAUAUGCCAACCUAAAAUCGAAAGUUUGACCGGGUAUGAUCAGUUCAUUUGCACGCACAACAUGGCAUUCAUGUUGAGGAAACUUCUUUUCACUUUUAUGGCUAUGAUAUGUCUCUAUGGACUGGUGUGUUUGUAUACACUCUACUGGCUCUUCAGGAGACCUCUUAAGGAGUACUCUUUUGAAAAAGUCAGAGAGGAAAGUAGCUUUAGUGAUAUUCCUGAUGUCAAAAAUGACUUUGCGUUUCUUCUACACAUGGUCGACCAAUACGACCAGUUGUACUCCAAACGAUUUGGCGUAUUUCUCUCUGAGGUGAGUGAGAACAAACUACGAGAAAUAAGCCUUAACCACGAGUGGACGUUUGAAAAAAUACGUCAGCAUGUGACAUCCAAUGCUCAAGAUGAACAAGAACUUCACCUCUUUAUGCUGUCGGGACUCCCUAAUGCUGUAUUUGACCUCACCGAUCUGGAAGUCCUCAAGUUAGAGCUUAUUCCUGAGGUCAGGAUUUCAGCCAAAGUUUCUCAGAUGACCAACCUACGGGAACUACAUCUGUAUCACUGCCCCGCUAAAGUCGAACAUACUGCUUUCACUUUUCUCCGCGACCAUCUGCGAUGCCUUCACAUUAAGUUUACUGAUGUAGCAGAAAUCCCACCGUGGAUUUAUCUGUUGAGGAGCCUAAAGGAACUGAACCUGAUUGGGAACUUGAACUCUGAACACAACAAGAUGAUCGGUUUGGAGUCACUUAGAGAUCUGAGACACUUGAGGAUGUUGUACCUCAAAAGCAAUCUCAACAAAAUACCAACUAAUCUAACAGAACUCUCGCCACAUCUCACCAAACUGGUGAUACACAAUGAUGGGACUAAAUUACUGGUACUGAACAGUCUCAAGAAGAUAACGAGCCUGGUUGAUUUGGAGCUCCAGAACUGUGAUUUGGAGAGGAUCCCCCAUGCCAUUGCAUUAUACGAAUGA